ACUGCUGCUGCCUGUUGCUGAGUGGAUAGCAGCAGAAAACCCUGGAUUCAAAUCUCUGUGGGGCUUUUGUUUUGCUUAUUUUGUUUCUUUUCAUUUUGCCUUAAGAAGAUGAACAAUGAAACCACAACCCUGAUAUCCUUGAAGGAGGCAAUGAAAAGAGUAGACCACAAACUCCAAGCUUUAGAAGCACACUUUAAAGAACUGGACUUCAUCAAGGAUAAUCUGACACAGAAAUUUGAAGAUCAUAGCAAGACUUUGGCAAACCAGGGAGCCCAAGAUGAGCUAUGGACAGCAGUUCUGUCACUCAAGUUCACUUCAAUGGAACUGAAUAUUUUAUACAGCUACGUCAUUGAAGUACUUGUCCACUUGCACACUCGUGUGCUUGAGAAGCUGCCAGAUCUGGUGAGAAGUCUUCCCACCUUAGCCUCCAUCCUUAGACGAAAAGUCAAGAACAAGCGCAUCAGAGUUGUAUGGGAGUCUGUUCUGGAGGAGUAUGGGUUGCAAGAAGGAGAUAUCACAGCACUGUGUAUCUUCUUUGUAGCACACGGUAACAAGGCAGAACACUACAUUGCUAAAGUAAGGCAGAUGUAUAUAAGAGAUAUCAAUUUCAUGAUCUCUAAUAUGGUAAAGAACCAGGCUCUGCAGGAUGGUUUGCUGAAGGCUGUUCAGAUCAUUGAGAAGGGGAAAGCAGAGACGGCCCCCAAAGAUAAAAAGUCACCCCUAAAAGAGUUGAUACCACCAGUCAAAAGCUAAUCUGUUACACUGGUCUCAGAGAUUCCAUGUCUAGUAUAAUUUAUCUUGCAAAUGGGAAGCAAUACAUAUAUACAAUUUAUUACAAGCUUAUUUUUAUAGCAAAAGUGAGAAGAGUAUUAAAUUAUAAUACAUUGACACAAUGGAUACUUUCUGUGUAGCAAUAUAAGAGAAUGAAAAAGCUUUCAUGUAACUGUAUAGUAACACAGAGUAAUCACCAAGAUGUGUUUAAAAAUAUUUCCAACAUUAUUGCUCAAUGGGAAAAAAAGGGCAAAAAUAAAUACAUAGGCUACUAUAUCUAUAAACUUCUGAAGAAAUACAUUAAAGAGUGGUAGCAUUGGUUGUUUUAGGGAAGAAAACUAAUUCGAGGCUAGGGAUCAAAGGUAGGAAGAAGUCUUUUCACUGUUAAUUCAUUUUGUACUUUAUGAAUUUUUAAACAUGUGAAUGUAUGAUGUAGUAAAGCAAAAAAAAAACCCCGACUAUAUUUUGUAUGUUGAUG